AUGAGGAAGUUUGCAUUCGGCCUUUCGGAUGAUCUAGUGCUUGAAUGCCAGGGGGCGAUGCUGAAUAGGGAUAUGGAAUUUGCUAGACUGUCAGGCCAUAUGCAGCAGGUAGAGGAGAAGAAUCUAAGGAAAAGGUCAGAUAGACAAAGAGAGACAGAACCGCGGAUCAGAACCACAGUCAGCCAUAGGGUGGUAAUUGGGGAAAUAGAUGGCAAAAGAAGAAGAAUUAGGAGAGAUUGUCCUUCGGCUAGAAGGAAUGUUGGUGGUGCUAAAUCUCAGGAAAACUCUUCCGUACCACCACCGCCUCAAAAGGGCACUACCUCAGUUACUGGGAGUGGUCACAAUCGGCUGUAUGCUUUGUCCAACCUCCAGGAGACGGAAGCCUUGCCAGACGUAGUCACCG